ACCGUGGCCACAGGAGUCAGAGCUCUGCGCGUCUGCACCAUGUCCUGGGCUCCUGUCCUGCUCAUGCUUGUCUACUGCACAGGUUGUGGUCCUCAGCCGGUGCUGCAUCAGCCGCUGGCCAUGUCCUCGGCCCUUGGAACCACAAUCCGCCUCACCUGCACCCUGAGGAACGACGAUGACAUCGGUGUGUACAGCGUCUACUGGUACCAACAGAGGCCGGGCCACCCUCCGAGGUUCCUGCUGAGAUACUUCUCACAGUCAGACAAGAGCCAGGGCCCCCAGGUCCCCCCUCGCUUCUCUGGAUCCAAAGAUGUGGCCAGGAACAGGGGGUAUUUGAGCAUCUCUGAGCUGCAGCCUGAGGACGAGGCUAUGUAUUACUGUGCUGUGGGGGCCCGCAGCUCGGAGGAGGAGAGGGAGAGGGAGUGGAAGGAAGAAAUGGAACCCACCGCAGCCGGGACACGUGUCCCUUGAACUGAAGACAGCAGGGGCAUGCAUCCCCUUGGAGAGGCUGUCAUGGAAGAGGGUGGAGCCGAUGCCCGAAGUGCCGAGGAGGCUGAGCCACUCAGUGUCUCCUGGUCCUGCAGUGUUGCUGUAAAUCCCCAUUGGAGACUGCAUUAGGGAAUUAAAGCUG